AUGUCCGCGCCGACUCUCGCCUCGCACGCCACCGCCCGCGUCGGCACGCGCGUCUCCACCCGGACGACGCGCGCCGCCUUCGUCGCCAGCCGUGCCGUCGCCUCCGCAUCCACCUCCGACCGAAGCCCCGGCGUCGACGCUAUCCAGACAUGCAAGAUGCCAACCCCGGGCCGGCGCGCCUUCCUCGCGACGGCGUCCGCGCUGUGCCUCGCGUCCGCCCCCGCGUCGUCCCUCGCCGCGAACGACGCGGUCCUCGCGGCGCUCAAGGCGAAGGAAUCCGCCGACCUCGUCGAGGGCGGCGCGGUGCAGACGCGACUCAACGCCGCGCUCGACGAGCUCAGACGCGCGCAGCAGCUCGCGUCGGUGGGCGAGUACGCCAACGCGCGUCAGCUCCUCCGCAAGGGCGCCCUGGAGCAAGUCCGCGGCGACCUCGUCAAGGUGGGGGCGUACCUGAGGGUGCAGCGCCCGACGUUCGCGGAGUUCGAGGGCCUCGCCGUCACCGGCGGUCUCGACGCCUUCGACGGGAGCAUGAGGGCGAUGGAGGUUGGCGCCAAAGAAGUCACCGCGACGGACGUCAACACCAACGCUCGCGCCGCGGUGAGCGCGCUCGAGGAGGUGGUGUACCUGCUGGGCCGCGACAGGACGUACCAGGCGCAGAAGGAGAAGCUCAUGGGCGGACCGGUGGUGAGAACCGACGGGGAGGUGGCGGGCGAGCGGCGCGAUUACCUGGCCGAGGAGGAGAUGAUCGUGCGCGACGCGAACAAGGUCUUCACCGAGGCGUGGAUGACGGACGACAAGUGA